AUGCAGUUGGUGCUGGGCUUGCUUGCCCUGUCUUGUGCGGCGGGCGUGCAGUCUGCUGAAGGUGCAAAGUACGAUGUGCUAUCCUGCAAUUCCUUCAACUUAGCGAAUAACCAAUACGAACAAAAUGCAGACCACGGCUCAUGGCCAGCCAGCGGCUUCUGUCGUGCAAUUCGUAGCCAGACCCUCCCUGUCGGCGCACAUUAUUCCUACGAGGCUUCGGUGUCGCUGUAUAACGUGAGGGGCAGGGGCGGGGUGAAUUUUGGUCAUCUUGGAUUGGCUUACAAUGCGCUGGAUGCGAACAACUUCGAUUUCGUGUACUUUCGUCCUCACUCCUCUGGGGGCUGCUUCCAAACUGGUUACGUCAUCAACGGAAUCCCAACAUUCCCCGCGGACUCAGUAUCCAGUGCUUGCCCAAGCGGACCUCCGAGGGGUGGAUCAUGGUUCCAGGCAAAGGUUCUCGUCCAGGGUAUCAAAGCUCGCAUAUUCCUGGACAACAAACUAAUCCGAGAAGUUUCUACCCAUUACCGACCAUAUGGACGCGCAGGCGUCAUCGUCGCGAACGGUUACAAAAAUGUUAUCUACUUUAAAAACUUCGAGAUAAAAGGCAUCUCAAAAUCCUACCCCUUCCCGGCGAGGUCUUGUAUGGCGACACACACUCUUCCUGGAUAUUACUUGCUGGACGCGGACCAUGGCUCCUGGCCGCGAAGCGGGUUUUGCAGAACAUUACUUAAACCUGCUUUACCUGGUUCCUCUUAUCGGGUGUCGGCGAAGUUCUUGAAUCUGAUCGGGCGUGACGGUGUUAAUUUUGGACAUCUUGGACUGAUGUUCAAUGCAAAGGACAUUAACAAUUUCGAUUUCGUCUAUUUUAGGCCACACUCUGCUGGGGACUGCUAUCAAACAGGAUAUGUCGUCAACGGGGUCCCUAAUCUUAGUGGUGCUUCCUCAGGGCCAUGCUCUGGUGGCCCCCCAUCAGGCGGAAAAUGGUUCAGCGCGCAUGUUGACGUCAUCGGAACACGCGGCAAAUUCUUCCUCGGAGAGAUCCUGGUAGCGAGAUCCUGGUAG